CCUGGGCAGAGACAGUCUGACUGGCAUCCCCAACUGGGCUGGUUUCCUGUGGCUGAGCACUGCUCCUAACCCCGGGCGAGGACUGGAAGGGUUCUAGCCCGCCCGUCUUACCCAGCCUGAAGCUUCUUCUGGUCACCUGUGCCUCAGUUGCGCUGGAUUCCAGGCAGGAUGAUUCCAGUGGCAGAGUUUAAGCAGUUUACAGAACAGCAGCCUGCAUUCAAGGUGCUCAAACCCUGGUGGGAUGUGCUGGCUGAGUACCUCACGGUGGCCAUGCUUAUGAUUGGGGUCUUUGGCUGUACCCUCCAGGUGACACAGGACAAGAUCAUCUGCCUGCCCAGUCAUGAACUUCGGGAGAACUUAUCCGAGGCCCCCUGCCAGCAGCUGUUGCCUCGAGGGGUCUCUGAGCAGAUGGGGGGCCUCCGGGAGUUGAGUGGCCUCAAAAACAACCUAGACUUGCAACAGUAUAGCUUUAUUAACCAGCUCUGCUAUGAAACAGCCCUCCACUGGUACGCCAAGUACUUCCCCUACCUGGUAGUCAUUCACACUCUUAUCUUCAUGGUCUGUACCAGCUUUUGGUUCAAAUUCCCUGGCACCAGCUCCAAAAUAGAACAUUUCAUCUCCAUCCUAGGCAAGUGUUUCGAUUCCCCGUGGACCACACGGGCCUUGUCUGAAGUGUCGGGAGAAAACCAUAAGGGCCCAGCUGCUGGACGGGCCAUGGCAACUGUGGUGACCACGGCAGGUAUGGGGUUGGGAAAGGCAGGUGAAGGUGAAAAGGAGAAGGUGCUAGUGGAACCUGAGAAGGUUGUUACUGAGCCUCCUGCCAUCACCCUGCUGGACAAGAAAGAAGGUGAGCAGGCCAAGGCCCUGUUUGAGAAGGUCAAGAAGUUCCGCGUUCAUGUGGAAGAGGGUGACAUCCUCUAUUCCAUGUACAUCCGGCAGACAGUACUCAAAGUGUGUAAGUUCUUCGCCAUCCUGGUUUAUAACCUAGUCUAUGUAGAAAAGAUCAGCUUCCUGGUGGCUUGCAGGGUGGAGACCUCAGAGGUCACUGGCUAUGCCAGUUUCUGCUGCAACCACACCAAGGCCCACCUCUUCUCCAAACUGGCCUUCUGUUACAUCUCCUUUGUGUGCGUCUAUGGCAUCACCUGCCUGUAUACACUCUAUUGGCUUUUCCACCGACCCCUCAAAGAGUACUCCUUCCGUUCUGUGCGUGAGGAGACUGGUAUGAACGACAUCCCGGAUGUCAAAAAUGACUUCGCUUUCAUGCUCCACCUCAUUGACCAGUACGACUCACUCUACUCCAAGCGAUUCGCUGUCUUCCUCUCUGAAGUCAGCGAAAGCCGCCUGAAGCAGCUCAACCUCAAUCAUGAGUGGACACCAGACAAGCUGCGGCAGAAACUGCAGCGUAACACACGUGGCAGGCUGGAGCUGGCCCUCUGCAUGCUCCCUGGGCUACCUGACACCGUCUUUGAGCUCAGUGAGCUGGAGGCCCUCCGGCUGGAAGCCAUCUGUGACAUCUCUUUUCCCCCAGGGCUCUCACAGCUGGUGAACCUUCAGGAGCUCAGUUUGAUCCACUCCCCAGCCAGACUGCCCUUCUCCUCACAGAUCUUCCUGCGGGAUCGGCUGAAGGUGAUCUGUGUCAAGUGCGAGGAGCUCCGUGAAGUGCCCCUCUGGGUGUUUGGGCUGCGUGGCUUGGAGGAGCUACAUCUGGAGGGACUCUUUCCCCUGGAGCUGGCUAGGGCUGCCACCCUUGAGAGCCUCCGGGAGCUGAAGCAGCUCAAGGUGCUGUCACUACGUAGCAAUGCAGGGAAGGUGCCGGCCAGUGUAACCGAUGUGGCGGGACACCUGCAGAGACUCAGCCUGCAUAAUGAUGGGGCCCGCUUGCUGGCCCUCAACAGCCUCAAGAAGCUGGCGGUGCUUCGGGAGCUGGAGCUGGUGGCCUGCGGGCUGGAGCGCAUCCCCCACGCUAUCUUCAGCCUGGGUGCUCUGCAGGAACUGGACCUCAAGGACAACCACCUGCGGUCCAUUGAGGAGAUCCUCAGCUUCCAGCACUGCAGGAAGCUGGUCACACUCAAACUGUGGCACAACCAGAUUGCCUAUGUCCCUGAACAUGUGAGGAAGCUCAGGAACCUUGAGCAGCUUUACCUCAGCCACAACAAACUAGAGACUCUGCCCACCCAGUUAGGACUCUGUUUUUGCCUCCGUCUGCUCGACGUCUCCCAUAAUGGGCUGCGUUCUCUUCCUCCCGAGGUGGGCCUGCUGCAGAGCCUGCAGCAUCUCGCUCUCUCUUACAAUGCUCUUGAGAGCCUACCAGAUGAGCUGUUCUUCUGCCGCAAGCUGCGGACAUUGCUCCUGGGCUACAACCAUCUGAGUCAGCUCUCACCCCACGUGGCAGCCUUGCGGGCCCUCAGCCGCCUGGAGCUCAAGGGUAAUCGGUUGGAAGCACUACCAGAAGAACUUGGUGACUGCAAGGGGCUAAAGAAGUCAGGGCUGCUGGUAGAGGACACCCUUUAUGAUGGGCUGCCUGCAGAGGUGCGGGAGAAGAUGGAGGAGGAAUGAAGCCUGGGGGUAGGGGUACAGGUUGACACUGAGGCCUUCAGCUACUUCUGCUCCCAAAGUGUCUUCCAAGGGAGAUGCCCAAUGGACCUACCAGGAGAGGAAGAAAGGCCAGCUAUGUUAGUUUUGUGCAGCUUGGGCAAAGUCUCUGGACUGGUUUGUCUUCCGGGAGAGACAAAAGGCAGUGCAUUUGGGGUGGAACCCCUCAGGGAAGGAUUAACUUAGUCUUAGUUUCUAAAACCAAAACCACACCUGUCUUUGGAUGUCUGGCCUGCCCUUUCUCAAAACAUUCCAGCUCAAUUAGUGUCACAUAUGGAAGUGGGGGUAGGGUGGGGGUCACAUCCCAAUGGGAUUUCUAACCCUACCCCCAUGGCAAAGCAGCUUACAUCUGGGGUUCUCUCCGAAGGAGGGGACACAGACACAAGGACCACCUUCCAACCCUCCCUGUAGCCCAACUUUGAUGCCAAGCCCUUAUAUAAGUCCUUUGCCACAGAGACAGGUUCUUAGAACAAUGGGUCUCACAUUUGGCUAUGCAAUAAAAUCAGCUGAGGAGCCUGGAUAAAAACAAACCAUCCUAUACCCCAUCUCUGAAAUAACGACUCAAUUUCGGGAUGGGAGUCAGGAAUCUACUCCGGAAUAAAUAUGCCAGGUAAUUCUAAUUAAUGAAUGUGGUCCUGAAACUAUAUAAUGGAAAUGUUGACCUAAAGAGUAGGCUGGGGCUGAGGCUCAGUUGGGUUGGAGGAGUACUUGCCUAGCAUGUAUGAAGCCCUGGGUUUGAUCCCCAGCACUGCAUAAACCAGAUCUAGUGAGACAUGCCUACAUGGGAGGUGGAGGCAGGAGGACUGAAGGGUUGAGGCCAGCCUGGGCAACAGAGAUAGAAUCUAUCUCCAAAACAAAUGAGAAAAGUAUGGGUAUGUGAAUGCCUAGCCCCCUUUAGGUCCUAGAUCCUUAAAAGACUCCCAGGGACCUGAGCACCUCCUUCCUAGGGAAAAAGCUUAUGUAAUAAACAAGGAAAAACUCUUGCAACAACACUAGUUACAGAUACAUCCCCUCCUGCCCAAGCUAUUUAAGAACACCUGCUGGUGGAAGCAUUUUUUUUUUUUUUUUAAGCACACACAGGGACUCUCGCAUGUUUCCUGUGCAGGGAAGCACACACCAAUCUAUUAUUACAUGUGUAAUAAAUGAGAACUAUAAUUCUGA